AUGUUAUUGGUAGGUCGGACCCGCAUUCCCGCCCUCGGUGAUCUCCCAUCUCCAGCCAUUCACCCAAGUCCUUCCAACGACCAGUUCCAACUAAAACACAUAUUUCACCACGGUGCUGGGUCCCAGCACUACCAGAUACACAGGCGCUUGGAUAUAACCCCCGAGUUCCUCGCCGCCACCGGCUUGGAUGACGUACAAAUGUCCUCGGACAAAUCAGACAUCCACACGUCUGACUUGGAACAAGUAUACGCCCAAAAUGACUGGCCCGAGGCGUUCCAGAAUCGCAAUCCCUGGACCAUGCGCUUUCCCAUCAAGUCGGGCCCACCCGUCAAGGUGCAGCGUUUGGCCGAGCGCCAUACCCCCAACUUUAUCGACUCGUAUCUUGAAUACGCCAUCAACAUCAAGGGGAAUCCACGGCUCCUAAACAUGAUCAACUUGGAGUGGGAACAACCCAAAGAGAUCUCAUUCCCCGACGUCAGCGACAAGGACACGUUGGUGUCGCUCGCACUCAUCUCAUCCAAUGCUUACGUUCGGUUCCCCAAGAGUGAAGAAGAGAAGCGCAAGCUGGAUUGGACGGACUUGGGCGAAGAGUGGCAGCCGGAUCAGAACAACAGCGACCUUGAGUUUGGCUGGGACGGUGAAGGGUUACGCGGACAUGUGUUUGUCAAUGAAGAAAACCACACGGUGGUGAUUGGGUUUAAGGGCACAAGUGGAGCGGGAAUCCCUGGUGCUGGCGAAGACGAAACCACCGCGAGUGAUAAGCUCAACGAUAACUUGUUGUUCCUGUGUUGUUGUGCCCGAUUGAGCUAUCUCUGGACCACUGUAUGUGAUUGCUACGAAAAAGCGUACACUUGCAACCAGGACUGCUUAGAGAAAGAGUUAGUACGUAAGGACAGAUUCUACCAAGCGGUGCUAGAUGUCUACCGAAACGUGACAGCGAUGUACAACCCCGACGUGUAUGACAUCUGGUUGACGGGCCACUCGUUAGGCGGUGCAUUAGCCCUGCUUUUGGGUCGUACGUACGGGCUUCCGGUGGUGGCAUUCGAGGCACCAGGUGAAAUGCUUGCCAGUCAAAGACUACAUUUGCCGCAACCACCGGGAUUUCCCCGGUAUUUGGAGCACAUCUACCACAUCGGCAAUACGGCAGAUCCGAUUUUCAUGGGUCUGUGUAACGGAGCCUCGUCUUCGUGCAACGCUGCUGGAUAUGCCAUGGAAACUGCAUGUCAUACCGGUAAACUCUGUGUCUACGACGUGGUUACUGAUAAGGGCUGGAAUGUCAAUGUGUUGAACCACCGGAUUCAUACGGUCAUCGACGAUAUCAUCUUGAAGUAUAAUGAUACUCCCGAAUGCGUGGUACAACCUCCAUGUCGGGACUGCUUCAACUGGAGGUUUGUGUCGCACGACGAUGACGAGGACGACGAGCCCAAACUUCCCAACCCACUCUUGCCACAUCGGUCUAAGUCCAGGACUUCUACAUUUACAUCUGCAUCUACUUCUGUGAACAUGGGGUUCGAGACUUCAGUUUCUUCGCAGCCACCACAAAGUUCCACCAGUCAGCCACCAAAAAAGCAAAAGUGUCUCAAGCGGGCGUGGUAUGGGUGGUGCCUGGAGUGGGGCGACGAUGAUGAGGAGUAG